UCAGUUCAGUGCAGUAUUGACUGCCGCCGUGACCAGUCGUGCCAAAUGUUUGGAUAACCUGCGACCAAAUGUGACUUGACGUGACGAGAAGGCACCAGUCACAUUAUGACUGUGACUAAAGUUGUGAUAGCGAUGUGAUAGUGAUAAAAGUGAUACGUGUAUAAAAUUUUGUGAUAUUAUUUUAUGUUUAUUAAGUUUGUGACGUGAGGGUAUGCGCGCGUGACCAGGCAGAGAGGAACACAUUGUGACGUCAUGGGAAAUUGGGAGCUCAUCCUGCUGGCCAUCCUUGGACUGGCCGUAGCACAGGGGCCGGAGAAACGGCGCACGGGCAACAUCUGCCAUGUGGAUAUGGAUUGCCCGGACAACGCGUUCUGUAGGCAGAGCAGCUACUGCGUCUGCAAGGAUGGCUUCGUCUACGCUACUGUCAACAGCACGCACAAGGGCUGUUUGAAAGAGGCUAAGAUUGGCGAGGAGUGCGUGCAGCACAUCCAGUGUCACUCAACUAUGGGUGUGCACUCCGAGUGCGCGGGCGGCAUCUGCGCAUGUACCGCCACUGCGCACUUGGAGGAUGACCGCUGUUAUGAAACUGCUGUGAUCGGCGAGAGAUGCGUGGUGGAUCAGAACUGCUACCUUGGAGAACAGACCUCGGAGAGACAAGCCUUCUGCGUCAGGGGAUAUUGUACCUGCCAGCUACAGUUCAGUCCUAGGGACAAUGGGACCAGGUGUGUUCGUGACGCGACUCUGGGUGAGGCUUGCGAAGACCAGUUACAAUGCGCGGGACCCGGGCUCGAGUGCCGAGGCACCUGCCACUGCAGGGACAACUGGGUGGCGCACAACGAGAGCAACGCUUGUGUUGAAUCUGUAAAAGCCUUAGGCGACCCGUGUGAGUACGACGUGCAAUGCGAUGCGUUUGCCGGCUCGUCCGAUGCCCGGGCCCCAGGGAUGUCUCUAUGCCUCGCUGGAGUAUGCACCUGUGCUUACAACGCCAGAGCUGCUGGCAACCCUCAGAGGUGCUGGCCUCGCAAGCGACCUGGUGAACUGUGCUCUAGAGAUGAGGAAUGUGUCUCGGAAGAAGAUGAGCCCGGUUACUGCCUGAAUGGACGUUGCACUUGUAAAACGUGUUCACCAGACGCGAGAGACUUUGGUGGAGCAAGCACACUUUCCCGCCCUCCAGUGAUCGUUGCCGCCAUUUUGUCUGCAGUCGCCAUUUUGAGACAUUAACCAUCGCUAUUUCAAACACCUAAGAGAGAGGCCUUACGGGCGUUGCCGCUCCGUUGCGUCAUCGCAACGCUAUAAUUUCGGGAUUUAAGUAUUUAUAUAGAACGACGACGCGUCACUGCUAAGUCGUCGUAACGGACCCACAACGCAUCGUGUGGCCUCACUCUAAGGCCCCAUUCACAACGAACCUGCGCCCGCGCUUUGAUAUGAGUGGGCCAUUAUAACGCCUUAAAUCGGAGCGGGUGCGAUUUUCUGCGCGUUUCUCUUCCCGCCAUUUUGUGGUUGCCGCCAUUUCGACUUGUAAACCACCAUUACCUGGAAAAAUAUAGAAAAGGUUAAUUUUAACACGUUCACUGUGUAACUGAAAAUUACAUAUCCACCUGCAAUGCAAUGUUAUUUUUCCACAAAAAUACACUAUAACAAGAAAAACAAUUUGGAAAGCCUCCCGUCGGAUUUUCCCAUUUUUCCUAGUGCCCCACAUAUGGGACGUGCACGUAUGAGUUUCAAAUGUAUUGUCUCAUAUGUGGUUCAUACACAGUGAACGUGUAUGAAAAUCAUCUAGAAAAAAACACAUGAGAAAUUUCAAAAUAAUAAUUUUGUAGUUCUAGAACCGAAUAUUUCGAGACGAGUUCAAGCUGGAUAUAAAUAGGCGAAAAUAUGCAAAAAUCUCUAUAAAAUACCUGUUUGUUAGAUGAAAAUGAUGCUUAAUGAAUAAUGAGUGAUUUGAGCUUCAGAUUUUAAAAUGUGUUCACUUUUAUGAUGCGAACAAGAUGCCUUUGUAUAUCAAAGAGUCGAAAGCCCAUAAAUUAUAUUAACUUAUUUUUUUACAAACAUAGCUUAGGCUGGAGCAAAAGCUAACUUUUAACCUCAUAACGCCGAGAUUUCCUGACACAAGAGGUGAACAAUUCAGUUUGGUUUUUAAAAGAACAUAUAUCUUAAAAAAUAAUAAGAAAGUUCAUAUUCUUUGUAGAAAUUAUUAUAGCUAUCAUAUUCAGCCUAAGCUAGGUAUGUAAAAGUACCUAGUCCUACAAUACGGUACACUGAAUAAUAAAACAAAAAUAAUAAAUAAUAGUAAUUCAACAAAAAAAUAAUAAUUUAUAUAGUUUAUUGCACAAAUUUAGUCUUAGGUUGUUGUUACGUCGUUGAUAGUUUAUUUCAAAGUUUAUUGUAAGUUGUAAAUAAUAAAAAUAAUAUUGUUGUCUGUUGUUAUGAAUUGAAAAUAAGCGUAAAUAAUAAUAAUAAAAUAAUAAUAAUUUUCCACUACUUAGAAACAGUAUUCCAAGUGCAAUUUUUAUAUAUUUCGAAAUCAUAAUGGGUAGAUUUUAUGCCAAAGAAGUGUACGCAAGCAUAUUUGAUUGUGUGUAAAUAAAUAUUAUUUAUUUUCAAUA